ACCGGGGAAGUGAAAGACAGGAAGGAGGGGUUGGUGGCGGCUGCCGUCGGAGCUCUGCUGCAGAAGACGACGGUGGAGAGUAAAGGUCUGUAGUCUGUGCUCUAUAGCGUAUUGACGUGUGGGUUAUACUUAUAGAUACUGGAUUGUAAUUGUGUGUGGUCCUUGCUUGUCUAUUUUGAAUUCUGUAGGUACUUUUUGACUGUAAGUAGCGAUCAAUCGAAAAACAAAACCCUUUCUGUCUCCUUCUUCUUCUUCUUCUUCUUCUGGUUCUGGUAUCGACUAAGCUAGUGAUCAAUUUACCUCCUCGGCCACGUUUUGUGUCAAAGGUCAGUUCUUUCAUCUACCUUCUACCUCGCUAAACCUUAGAAGCUAGAUGGUUUUUCCCCGCUGCAGUUUUACUUGAACCCUUUUCCUCUUCUUUCAGAUACCCAAUCAAGCAUUCGAUGUUUACGCUUUGUUUUGGAACCAGCAGAUUUAAAUUAUGCAGUCUGAGGAUUGAGUUGUCUUAUUUGUCAAAAAUCCUAUUGAUUGCCCAGAUUUUGUGGUCUCUAGUCGGUUCAUGGUUACAACUUACAAGGGGGAUGGAUGAUAGGAGUUGCUAUAGAAUCAUUGCUUUCUGAACGGGUUCAAGCAUAAGGAUCCCAAUGAGUUCUAAGACAGUGUUCAUAAUCUAUAUAAACUGUGGGUGCUAUAUAAACUGUGGGUGCUUGAGUGCUUGAAGAUGAUUCUGUUCGGGUGGGUUGAUAUCUGUAGAGUGUUUGUUGCUCGACGGCUGACUUAUUGUUGUGGUCAGGGUGUCCUCAUUUAUGUUUGGUUAUCUACUAUCUGUAGUUUGUUAAACUUGAACAAUGGUAAAAACUGCAGCUUCUGAUGAGAUGGGUAUAUUUAUGUUUAGUAUAGGAAAUGGAGUUCCUUGGGUCCAAUUCUGUUCAUUUUUGCAUAGGAUGGUUAUUGAUUCGCACUUUGCCAUGGCCCGCUUAGUUCGUCAAAAACUCAAAAUGCUGCAUAUCCGUAAGUGAUGCAAAUUUGCCGAAAUGUUAGGAUUGGCUACUUCGGGCUUUUGCUUUUCCAGUCUUUCUCUGAAUCUAUUGGCAACAAGUUGCAGCAACUUUCUUGGGCUUAAGAGUGUGCACCAAUCUCUCAGAUAGCUAGAUGGUUAGGAUGGGGGACAUUUGCAAUAGGCUUGUGGUGUGAUGAUAAAGGCUUGAUUGUAUUUCAAACUUGUGUUUAAGUAGGAAAACUAAAUUGGAUAAGGCCGUUAGUGUCUAUGACGAAUCCUCUUGAGUGAUUGAUUGAGUGAAUGAAUUGGUUAUGUCUUUAUUAUUGAAACAUGACAUUAUUAUUUAACAACCACCAUGUUUGCUUUCAGAAGUGAAAAAAGAAAGGAAACAGAAGGAAAUGAAUGGUUUCAAGGCCUUCAAAGCCCAAGUCCCAAUCGCAUGGAGUCCUCGGCUAUUCAUAACUCUGGUGAGAGGGAUUCCCGGGACCAGGAGACUCCAUAGGCGCACCCUGGAGGCAUUGAAUCUCACUAAGUGCAACCGAACUGUAACACGGGCCAAUUGUUCUUCCAUUAGAGGAAUGCUCAACCAGGUAAAGAGGCUGAUUGUGAUUGAGACCGAGGAAAUGUACAAUGCUCGUAAGCAGAAUCUCGCUAACCACAAAGCUGUUCGCCCUCCGGUGGUUGUCGGGCACUCCCCUUUAAUCGCUGCAAGUAGCUCUUCUUCAUAGACCCUUUUGUAUCACGUUCUUGCAAUGUUCUUUAGAUGUCAGCUCUAGUUGUGUUCGAGACGGCGUGGGUUGUUGCUUAGUCCUCUUCCAAAGUUGUACCAGCUAUGCGAAUGCCAUGUAACUUUUUUCGAAUUUCACAGACAAAAGAAAAAAGAUUGGCAGGCAGGGAAAAUAAUUGGUUCAACAUGGGAAUACAUCGCAAGAUCAUUG